AUGAGUGCAAUUACAAUUGUACAACAAUUAUAUGAUUUAUCAAAAGACCCAGAUCAUAGGGAACAUAUCGUUAAAGAUCAAGGAUGUUUAGCAGUACUUGUAAUGUUAUUGGGCAGCAAUGAAAGUGAAGACGAAAUGGUUACAUUAUGUUUAAAGACAUUAGAAUUAUUAUCACAAAACGAAAAUAACAAACAACCAAUGCUUAAAGAGCCAGGUUUAGUAUCAACAUUAAAAAAAUUCCAAGAGAAAGAACAACAUCAAUCAAUUAUAAAUAAAAUUUUAUCAACUAUAGACAAUAGCCAACAACAAAAAUCAAUCAAUGAAACCACAAGAAUCAAUGACGAAAACAAUACAGUAAACUCUGAAAAUAUUAAUAAUAAUAAUGUUAAAAAAUCAACUACUUUUUCAAUGUUACUUGGUGAAAAAUUACCAAUUAAGGAUAUUGGUAACACCCCAAUGAAGCCAUCAUCCACUAAUAAUAACAACAAUACUCCAGCUAUUGAUCCAUCAUUAAUUAAAACUGUUUUACUUCAUGUCAAGGGUAUGAAUAACGAAAGCACUAAAAAGCAAUUAGAAGAAUGUUUCUUAAGAACUAAAGGUGUCAUCUCAUUCAUGAUCGAUUUAAAUACCUGUCAUGCUACUGUCCGUACCGCCCUCUCUUCUGAUGAAAUUAAAAUGGUAAUUCGUAACCAUGUUGGUCUUUCAUCCUCAUUAAUUGUCGAUGGCCAAGAAGAACAAGAUACCACUCCAGAUUACUUACCAGAACCACAAAAUUUCGGCAAUAAUCAACAAAAAAGAUGGGGUUGGGGCUCCAUUAUCUCAUUUGGUCAAGAACAAAAACAAACAAAAGAUAAUAAUGCUUGGGGCUGGAAUUCAUUUUCAAAAGCUUUAUUUGGUUAAAUAGUUUUUUUUUAGUUUUAUAACAAAAAAAAAAAAAAAAAAAAAAUCCUUGUAAAAAAAAAAAAAAAAAAAAAACCAAUAAUAACCAACUGCAAAUAAUAAUAAUAACAACAACUACAUAAUACGUAAUUGUGAUUUUCAUUAUUUUAUCUCCCACUUAUUUUUAUAUUUGUAAUCAAUUUUUUCAUAUUAUAAAUAAUUCCACCCAUAUAUAUAUUUAUAUUAACUUUUAAAUAAAUAAAUAAAAUUUUUUAAAAAAAAUU